UGUGGAAACUCUAGUCCUCCCUGCAUUGACGGUUCCUCCUGGAGGUUUGAGAGCACUGUGCAGGUUGGCAAACUGCAGGACCUUAUCAACCGAAGUAAGAUGGCGAGGUGUAGAGGACGAUUUGUUUGCCCAGUCAUUCUAUACAAGGGAAAGCAUAUUUGCAGAUCAGCAACACUGGCUGGCUGGGGAGAGCUCUAUGGGCGCACUGGCUACAACUAUAUCUUCUCAGGAGGUUCUGAUGAUGCUUGGGCAGAUGCAGAAGACAUUUCAGAGGAAGAUUCUGCACUUAGAAAUGCAGACUCCCAGCUGUUUGACAAGGUCAGAGGGCACGACAUCAAGCUGCUUCGAUACCUGUCUGUCCGAUAUAUCUGUGACCUGAUGGUGGAAAACAAGAAGGUGAAGUUUGGCUUGAAUGUGACGUCUUCUGAGAAGGUGGACAAAGCUCAACGUUAUGCUGACUUCACGCUUCUCUCCAUCCCAUAUCCAGGCUGUGAAUUUUUUAAGGAGUACAAAGACCGGGAUUAUACAGCUGAAGGUCUCAUAUUUAACUGGAAACAGGAUUAUGUAGAUGCUCCAUUAAGUAUCCCGGUCUCUCUGACCCAAUCUCUGAAUAUUGAUUGGAGCGAGUACCAGAGCUGGGACCUUGUGCAGCAGACACAGAACUACCUGAAGCUGCUGAUCUCCAUCAUCAAUAGUGAUGAUGACAGCGGGCUCCUGGUGCACUGUAUAUCCGGCUGGGAUCGAACUCCUCUAUUCAUCUCCUUAUUGCGCCUCUCCUUAUGGGCUGAUGGGCUGAUCCACGUGUCCCUGGAGCCGUCUGAGAUUCUGUACCUGACAGUGGCCUACGACUGGUUUCUCUUUGGGCACAUGUUAGUCGAUCGACUCAGUAAAGGAGAAGAGAUUUUCUUUUUCUGCUUCAAUUUUCUGAAGCACAUCACCUCUGAGGAGUUCUCUGCUGUGAAGUCGCAGAGAAGGAAGAGUUUGCCACCUGGCUUCACCCUGGAAGAGAUCUGCAUGCUCAAGCAGAGAGACCGAGGCAGCACCACAAGUCUGAGCAGCGACUUCUCCCUGGGGAUGGAAAGUUCCCCUGGAGCAGCUGGGAGCUUCACCUAUGAAGCAGUGGAGCUGAUGCCAGCAGGAGCACAGGCUCAAGCAGCAUGGAGGAAGAGCUGUGCAUCAUCACCACAAGCCGUGCUCUGGAGCAGGUCGCAGCAGUCUGAAGAUAGGCUUCCUUCUGCAGGGAUGGUUGAAGUCAAGUCCUCCAGCUCCUCCUCAUCAACCCAUUCUGAUAACUUCCUGAGGAUUGGAAGCAGCCCACUGGAAGUGCCCAGAUCCAGAUCGGCGGACCAUUCUCUGCCCGGAUCUUCCGUUUCCACAGACUUUGGCAGCUGGCAGAUGGUGACAGGGUGUGGCAGUAUUCGGGAGCAGGCAAUCCUGAGCACAGACGCCUCUCUCCCUUGCAGCUUCCCGGAUGAGUUCCCUAGCACUUGCCUGUAAGUGUCUCAAACGCAGGAUCUCUCCUUGGGUCUCUCGGCUGGCUGCGAGAGCUGGAAAUGUAUCACCCUGGCACUUUCAAAGAAGCCCCGGGAGCCUAUAACAAGCUGUCCCAUCUUCCCUGCCUUGAUGCUUUCCAUCCACAAAUUGAGUCACUGAGCACUCUUUGCUUAUGCUGAACUCAGAAACCGCCGUUUUCUCUGCCUAAUGACAGGGGGGCACUUUGCUUUCUGUAGGAAGCAGAGGCUUUUCUCUCUUCCCUGAAGAUGCUGAAUUUGGGCAUAAUUGAGUGCAUUUGAGGAUGCAUGCUUGUCAGGACAGGACUGGUAACCCAGAUUUUCUUGCUUUUGGAUGUUGCUUGUGACACCAUCACCCUGCUGGGUUCAGAUUCUUGCUGCAGUAAGAGAGGGGCUUUCCUUCUGUCACCCCAAUUUUUGCCUGACCAGGCGCAGCAUCAUUUGCAGGUGCUGUAUCUGGCCAGCGCAGAGCAGCGGAGACCCUGCAUCUUGCUGUAAAAUGGCUGGGAGGCAAAUGUUCCUCCUCAUGUAGAAAGCUACUUCUGUAGAAGCUUGAAAGACAGGAGAUGUGCUUUAAUCGCUGUUAGAGGAGUACCUUGGCUUGUGCCUUCAGGCUGCAAACUCUCAAUCAAGAAACUGAAAUGGCAGAUCAGGGGCUGCUGCUAGCUAGCUGUGCUGGAGCUGGUCUGCCAAAUGCUUGCCAUCCCUUACCGAGGUCUGGAUAUGUGCUUUGGAGGCAGAGGGCAAGCGACGUGAAAACUGACAUCUCAUAGGAGACAGGCUUGCUGCCCUGGAUCGCCUUCCCACGUGGCUGUGUGCUGUGCUGCCGAGCAGAGCAGCCGCUCCCAAGAUAUGAUUAAGCUACAAGACCCAUGAAUUGGCAGAUCGAAGAAUUGCGAGGGAUGUUGGACGUGACCUGGCUGGGAUUUGCUCUCCUCCUUUCACGAGGACACACUGUGCUGCUUCUGUAGUUGUUUGGAGAUCGCUGAAGGAGUAGAAAGGACUGAAGGAUGG